AUGGGUCUGGUGGCACUGCGGGAGAUUGCGCGCCUCCCGCGCCCAUCUGCCCUCCCCCCCUCGACGCUGCUCCUCGAGACGCCGAGCACCAUCGCCAUAUUCGACAAGUAUCCCAAGGCCCACUACCAUGUGCUGGUCAUGCCCCGGCUCCCCCAUCCAGACUUGAAAGAUAGCGAUCUCGAUAGCCUCGCGAGUCUCCUGCGAAGUGGAAAGGCGAGGAAUGUGCUGCAUGAGUUGGCAGAGGCGGCCGCAGAAGUCGAGGAGAUGGUGCGCGACGAAAUGGUCAAGACUACUGGUGUGGCUUGGGGGUUGAAUAUGGGUUUCCAUGCGGUACCGUCUAUGCACCACCUCCAUCUCCACGUCAUCUCCGACGACCUGUGCAGCCCAACCCUAAAGACCAAGAAACACUACAACUCGUUCCGGCCUGACCUGGGCUUCUUCGUCAGCCUGCGCGAGGUACGCUCGUGGCUCGACUCGGACUGGGGAGACCGUGCCGAGACUCUGGCCGCCAAGGAGGCACUGCUGCGCGAACCCCUCACAUGCUUCAAGUGUGGUGAGGGGGUUGCGAAUAUCCCAGCACUUAAGGAGCACCUUGGGGAGGAGUUUGAGAGGGAGAAGACGGGGCGAUAG